UCAUUCCCCUCCCCACUGUUCGGAACACGAGCAACAUCUCUCUCUCUCUCUCUCUCUCUCUCUCUCUCUCUCUCUCAUUAAGGGCUGUAAGGGGACGUUUUAUGCGCUGAAGAAAUUUGUUGGAGGAGGAUGAGUUGCAACGGGUGUCGAGUUCUUCGAAAGGGAUGCCAUGAAAACUGCGUAUUGAGACAAUCCCUUGACGGGAUUGAGAGUCAUCAAGCUCAGGCCAACGCCACUGUCUUUGUCGCCAAGUUCUUCGGCCGCGCCGGCCUCAUGUCCUUCCUCUCAUCCGUCCCCGAGUCUCAACGCCCUGCCUUGUUUCAGUCUCUGCUAUUUGAAGCGUGUGGACGGACUGUUAACCCGGUAAACGGGGCCGUGGGACUGUUAUGGACGGGGAACUGGCGAGUGUGCCAGUCGGCGGUGGAGACGGUGCUCCGGGGCGGGGCUCUACGUCCGAUUCCGGACUUUUCCGGCGUAUCCCCGGCGGAGGAAUCCGACGGGGCCUCCGUCACUAACAACAACAUCGACUUCUUCGGAUCCCAAGACCAUCUCCGUUUCUCCCGUAGAAAAAACAACAGCCAGGAGUUAACGACGGCGAGACAGGACCCCGCCGCCGCCGCCGAUCUCGAUCUCCGGCUGACGCAAGGUUUUCCGGCGAAACGGAGGGCGGAGACGCCGUCGUUGAACUCGGAGGAAUCUGAAACGACGUCGUCGUUGGAGAGUGGAUCGGGGUAUCAUCGGAAAAGUUCACAAGGGGAAAGGGAUGAGAAGGUUUUGAGAUUGUUCUUGUAAUGAAUAGGAGUAAUAUGUUUGGUCUAUAAACGUUUUACCGGCCACCGGAAACCGGGGAGUUUUGGUGACGGCGGGGGAUUCCGAGGUUAACUUGAUUUCUCACUCUUGUGUUUGUACGAGGGGAGAGAGAGAUGAGAGCAAGGGAGGAUAGUAUAAUUUAUGAGGGCUCGUUUGUUUUGCAAGCUUAUCGAUCAGUCUUUAGAAUAAGCUGAAAUUUAUUUGAAUAUCAUGUGGUUACUUGUUUUUGUUUUA